GUUAUUGGGUCCAUCUGUUAUACAAAGUUGCAUCGAAAUCUAGAGCCAUGGGUGUUCCAAAGAACUUGCGCAUUGGCGUUGAUGUUGGCGGCACGAAUACCGAUGGAGUCAUUAUAGAUCCUACAAGAUCAGGUGAGGCUGAUAAGGGCAUUGUAGCAUGGCACAAAGCACCCACUACGGCAGACCCCAGUCAUGGAAUCGCUGAUGCAAUUACUACCAUGUUCAAGUCCGCAUCUGUGGACCCCAGUUCGGUAGCCAGCGUUACGAUUGGAACGACACAUUUCGUGAACGCAGUGAUAACGCGGGACUCAACUCGACUAUCGCCGGUCGCUGUACUGCGCCUCUCUGGACCCUUCAGUAAGCAUGCGCCUCCAUGUGUGGAUUGGCCAGCUUCACUGCGAAAGAUCAUAUUAGCACACUAUGCUUUGGUAAAAGGAGGUCUUGAGGUGGACGGCAGUCUGAUAUCCGACAUCAAAGAGCAAGAGAUCGUAGAGCAGUGCAAGAUCAUCAAAGAAAAGGGCAUCAGGAGCAUCGUAGUCAAUGGCGUGUUCAGUCCAAUUGACACGAUAGAGAAGCAAGAAGAGCGCGCAGCAGAAAUCAUCAAUCGUGAACUCGGCGAAAAAGUAGAUACUGUGCUCAGCAAGGCUGUCGCAAACCUCGGUUUCCUGGAGCGAGAGAAUGCUGCGAUUCUCAAUGCUUCGAUUCUGUCAUUUGCACGCAAAACUAUCGCCUCUUUUCAGUCUCCCAUCAAGAGGCUCGGAUUGAACUGUCCCGUUUUCAUCACACAGAAUGACGGCACGAUUCUCAGUGGCGAAGCGGCAAGUCGACUACCUAUCCGCACAUUCUCCUCAGGCCCCACGAACAGCAUGCGCGGUGCUGCGUUCUUAAUAGGAAAGCAAGAGAACAGUGAGGCGAUAAUGGUAGUUGAUGUAGGUGGAACGACAACGGAUGUCGGCCUACUACUUGCCAAUGGGUUUCCACGCCAACAAGCAGCCUACUCUGAGCUUUCUGGCGUCAGGAUGAAUUUCUCAUAUCCGGAUGUCAAGAGUAUAGGUCUUGGAGGUGGUAGUCUGGUUAGGAGGAUCGGAGACCGACUACAGGUAGGCCCGGAGUCAGUGGGCUAUAAACUGCCAGAGAAAGCUCUUGUCUUUGGUGGAGAUGUACCUACGGCUACUGAUUACACCGUAGCAGGCUCGUCUGAGGUCACAAUUGGCGAUCCGGAUAAAGUGCGAGGCAAGCUGAGUGAGAACGACAUCUUAGACUUCAGGAACGAGACAAAGGCUAUGCUGGAGCGCAUCGUUGACACAAUGAAGACUGCACCGGAAGAUCUUCCUGUACUACUUGUUGGAGGUGGUGCUGUGGUAGCACCAGAUAGCUUGAAAGGUGCGAGCCGUGUCAUCAAGCCACAGUGGUCAGGCGUGGCGAACGCAAUCGGUGCUGCUAUGGCACGAGUCAGUGUUGUCGUAGACACUGUCAAGUCGACUGAAAAGCAGACUGAGAAGGAGCUGCUAGCCGAAAUCUCUGAAAAAGCGAAGGAGCGAACCAUUAAAGCAGGCGCUCUGGCUGAUUCUAUAGAGGUUGUGGAAGUCGACACGCUGCCGCUGCAAUAUGUGGCGAACAAGACGCGUUUCGUCGUCAGAGCGGCUGGCGAUUUCGAUUUCUCUCGGGCACAAGGCUUCGCAGACCUCGAGCUUACGAAAGUUGGAGAGGAUAUAGCGACAGAGUUGGAGAACGCACAGAACGCUAUCACUCCGGCAUCGACUGAGGACAUCUCUGUUGAAGACGAUGCAGCUCCCGAGGUUGACAUCGUCGGCUAUAAGCCGAAGGUUGUCAACCGCGAAUGGUGGAUAUCCGAAACGGACCUCAAUUGGAUCACCAUAGGCUGCUAUAUCCUAGGUACCGGAGGCGGCGGCUCGCCUUACUCCACGAUGUUGAGGGUACGCGAGAUCCUGCGAGCAGGUGAUGCCGUACGAGUCGUCAGUCCAGACGAUCUCAAAGAUGAAGACCUAGUGGGUAGUGGCGGGGGUGUCGGAAGUCCAACCGUGGGUAUCGAGAAGCUCUCCGCUGAUGAGAUGAUGGAUGCUCAGAACAGUCUCUAUGAACUGUUUAAGGGCGGUCGUGCAACCCAUGUGAUUCCUCUAGAGAUUGGAGGCUCGAACGGUCUUCAAGGUCUCGUUCUAGGUGCAUCGUCGAACAUGAAUGUGCCGUGUGUAGAUGGCGACUGGAUGGGUCGUGCUUAUCCAACCAAGUGGCAGACCACACCUGUUGUAUUUGGGGAGCGCGAGAUCGUCUUCGCUCCAGUAUGUGUCGCUGAUGGCAACGGUAACACGCUCUACAUGCCUACAGCGACCAGCGACCUGAAGGUCGAACAAGUUAUUAGAUCAGCUCUGAGCCAGAUGGGAAGUGCUGUCGGGACAGCCGAUGCCCCAGUAACGGGUGAGGAGACGAGGCGAUGGGCGGUUGAAUACACAAUAUCGCUGUCAUGGCGCAUAGGUCGAGAGGUCGCACGAGCAAGAAAAGAAAACAGAAUCGACAGUGUCGCUGAGUCGAUCAUCGAUGCUGUCGGAGGGCUAGAAACAGGUCGCGUUCUAUUCAAGGGAAAGAUCGUCGGUGUUGAACGCAAACUUUGGAUGGGCCACGUCUAUGGCGAAGUCAUCAUCGAGGGUACCGAGGCUCAAUUCUCUGGCAAGGUCAAGAUACCAUUCAAGAACGAGAACAUCGCUGCCAUCCGCAUGCAUGAUGGCAAAGAGAGCAAGACUGGCGAGGAACGCAAUGAGGACGUGCUCGCCAUCGUGCCAGAUUUGAUCUCGGUCAUUGAUGCGCAGAACGGCGAGGCGAUUGGAACACCUGAGUAUAGGUACGGCUUGCAGGUGUUGGUCAUUGGUAUUACUGCUAGUGAACGGUGGACAAGCCUCAAAGGUAUCGAGAUCGGUGGCCCCAACGCCUUCGGUCUGAAUCAUCUUGAGUACAAGCCAUUGGGCAAGUUUGUAAAGCCAGUCAGCGUGAUCGACGAAUUUGAGGGGAAGGCAUGAGCUGCUACCCUUGGGCGAGGGAAGCACAUCGAUACCCUUGUAUAAACCGGUAAAUGGU